AUGGCAGGCGGUAAAACCCUUUACCCACGCGGCACCCUCAAGAAGAUCGUCAAGGCAAAUACAAAUCAGAAAUUAAGCAAAAAUGUGGAUAUCCUCAUCUUUCUGAACUACGCGCUGUUCUUACAGGACCUUAUUAAGGAAGCUGGAAUCGCAUCUAAACAAUCUGGCGAGCGCGUGAUCACAGCCCGAAGCAUACGCAAGGUGCGCGCGGAUUGUUUGGCGAAGUUCGCGGGAUAAUGCCAUUACGAAGAUGCGUAUUGCUAAUCUAUGGAGACUUUGUGGCAGGAUAUGGACGGGUGUCAGGGCGAGAAAUAAGGAGUGCUGUUGUGGGAAGUGGGGUGGGACGGGACGGACUUCUCACUCGUCUCCGACGAUCAAGGUGCAGGCCGUUCAGGUGUGUCUGAUGUGCAGAUACAAGAGAAGACGGUGGAUCAAUGACUGCUAGAGGAUGGAAGAUGGUGUUUUGGCGUUUUGGCGUGCGGAAUGAAUGGACGGGUGGUUAUGGACGGAUUGUAAGGGACGGACAGGUG